UGAUAGACUGUGGAUCUCCUCCAUCAAUUCCUCACGCUGAGCAGAUCUCCCCAACUAUCACCCACUACACCAGUGAACUCCAGUACAGAUGCAUGGAGGGUUUCCAGUGGAAGAGAGGAACAAAAUCCUCAGUUUGUGGUCUGGACGGACGGUGGGACGGACCCAGCCUGGUCUGUGAAGAAGUGGACUGUGGGGAGCCCCGGUUUUUCCCUCAUUCAAAAAUAAUUUGGGAUAAAAUCUCACGAAUGGGAUCAGUGGUGCUGUAUGUGUGUGACUCGCAGUUUUAUAACAGCGGACGUGAAAACGUAUCGGUAUGUUCCCCUAACGGGACGUGGACAAGCCCUGACUUCCGGUGUGAAGAGAUAAAAUGCGGUUCUCCCCCAGCCCUCCCCCAUUCAGUGUUGUUUUGGACCGGUGUCAGUAAGAUUGGUUCUGUGGUUCUGUAUAGCUGUGAAACUGGAUAUCACAGUUUGGAUACAGAAAAUGUGUCAGUGUGUAAAAGUAACGGUUGGUGGAGUGAUCCCAGAUUUUCUUGUAAAGAGAUUAUAUGUGGAAAUCCCCCUAUAUUGCCCAACACUAUACAAAUCUGGAAUAGCAAAGUAACGUUUAACAGCACUGUAAAGUAUCGCUGUGAACGCGGUUACUACGCUAAACAAGGCCAUAAUAUAUCUGUGUGUGAUGGAAACGGUUAUUGGACAAAACCAACUUUGUUGUGCGAAGCUGUGAACUGUGGAGCUCCCCUCGCUCUUCCUCUCUCAGUUAUGAUGUGGAGAGGAGACAGCGGCGUCGGCUCCAAAGUGUUUUAUAAAUGCAUUGAUGGAUUUUAUAAUGCAAGAAACGGAGAUACAUCAGUUUGUGAUACAGAGGGAAUCUGGAGUCAGCCUGAUUUUCUCUGUAAAGAAGUAGACUGCGGCUCGCCCCCUUCUCUGCGUCAUUCGGUUGUAAUGUGGAACAACAACUCCAGUCUGGGCUCUGUGGCCUUUUAUAGGUGUGAAGCUGGAUACCACGGUGUCGGUGAAGGAAAUGUGUCAUUCUGUAACUCAAAUGCAAAGUGGAGCAAAGUAUACAUGCGAUGUGAAGAGAUAAACUGUGGGCCUCCCCCAGUAUUCCCACUAACCGAUAUAAACUGGAACAAAACUUCUGCACUGGGUAGCGUUGUUGAAUACAAAUGUAAAUAUGGAUAUAAACAGGCAGGAGACAAAAACAUGUCAACAUGUUUAUCAGAUGGAACAUGGGAAAAAAUAUCUGUAACGUGUACAGCCCACUGUGGCCCUGCACCAGACGUACCGCACGCAGAUGUAGUGUGGGACAACAGCACUGUAGCCAUCCAUCGCUGUGUUACAGGAUAUUACAGUCACACAGGAAGUGACAUUUCAGUGUGUGACAUCACAGGAAAGUGGCAGGUAGCCACUCUACACUGCAAAGAGGUCAAGCUGAUCAUAAAUGACGUGAUGGUGGUUAAUGAAACAUGUUUACGCUGGCAAGCAGAAGAUGAGGGAUAUACGGAGACAUACACUGUGACGUAUGUUGGAUCGCGAGACUUUGAGCAAGCGUUUGGUGACCGAAAGCAAACGCUUUUCAGCUCUUCUGCCCUGUGGCCCGUCCUCUGCUUAAAUCUUUUGCCUGCCACAAACUACACAAUAACCAUCACAGCCCAGUCAACACGAGCCACCACUAAAGUUACAGCAAAUACCAGCAUACCAGUCCCCGCCACACCAGAGGUAAAAUACACUGAAGUAGAUGAUCCAUCGCCCACUCUCAGAUUACGGAGAUCGACCAAUUCACUUGACUCAAUAUGUAUGUUCCAGGUGUUUGUGGUGCCCAUCGAGGGUGUUUUGCUGUUUGACUGCGGCUCAUCUGUUAGUCCACGUUUCUCCGCACAGCAGAUGUGUGAUAGAGGAUACGUCACAGCUCAGAUACAGCUCAGGGGUCUGGCCAUGGACAUGAACUUCACUGUAGGGGACCAGCGGCUAUAUGAAAAGUUUUUCAACGCACCCCUGGAGAACGGAAGAGACUAUUAUAUUAUUCUGCGCACUGUCUGUCAGUGGAGAAGGUCCAGAAAACAGUCUUGUAUAAUCUGGGCCAAAGUCAGAGGAGCAUCCUACAUCAUGAAGGUGUCUGCUCUUGUAACCAUUGGAUUAAUAGGUGCAGUCGGCUCAGUCAUUGUUUUCGGAUAUUGGUACAGCUGGUACUGUAAAAAGCCCAGUCCCAGAUUUUCUCCAGUUUUAUAAGUCAUCUUUGUAUUGAAAUAAAGCAGAUAAUUUUGUGAUACUGA